GGUGGGGGUAGUGGUGGUGUCGCAGCCUCAGAGAUGUGGAUGGUGCAGCGGGGUUGCGCCAUCGUCGGAGCAGCGACCGGCAGGAGGACCAGUCUGACCGUCAGCACGGAUAUCUGAGUGUUUCUGUUUCAGCCUUUGUGCAUCGGCCCCAUGUCGUCACCGGGAAGACACCGUCCCGCUGCCUCGCGCGGCGCCCGGGACAGAACUGGCUGAGCGCGGGCUGCAAGUCCGGACCGAUGCGGUGAUAUCAACAUUAAAGCAACUUGAUGGAGAAAACUAGCGGAUUCCCUUUAAGAUGACACGCACAGACCCGCCUGACAUACUGGUAUCAACUGUGCAUCGAGAUAUAAAAGUGAUUCCCAUUUCUUCACACUACAAGUCCUUGCAUCCCUCUAAACAAUGUGAUUCUAUAAAUUACAGCACACUGGAGGACAGUAAGAGUAACGUCAAUAAAAGGCACUGCCAUAACUUUGACUUCAAGUCAUUGGAGUACCCAAAGUCACACAAAUACCCAAUGGAGUCCCCAUACAGGAAGGCUGAUAGGCAUGCAGCCAAUCUAGAUGUUGCUUGGAAUGCCUUGGGACGCCAACAGAGGUACCGCUUUUCUGCUCCAGACAUUUUUAGCCAUAAGUUAAGUUCUCAACCAAUGGCUGGUGAUAUGGCCAGUGAGUUCGUUGCCCCUGAACAAAAAAGAAGGACCAGGUCAAAAAGUGCCCCUCGGGUUCAAACCAGUCUCACCCCUGUGUCUUUUGAAGGGUGCUCAUCUUCAGGGAGAAAAGGGAGGGAUUCCCAAAGGGCUGCAAGAGACUCUCGCUGGAGACCAGAAGUAUCACCUCGUAGGGAAUCAUCAUAUGCAGCAACUAGGGCGCAUAUGCAUGACGUACAUCCAAUUAAGUUGCAGCCUCAAAUGAGUGACAGCUAUAGAUAUUCACCUCACUUUGCUGCUGAUAAUUCCGAGGAUGGAGGGCUAGAUAAAACAGCAACUAGCCCUCAUGUCAGGUGUCGGGUGGACAUCAAACCUGAUGAUGCAGCAUUACAUCAUUCAGGAACAAAACAAUCUACACCUCAAGUGGACAUACCAUGGCAGAGGCACCACAGUGGGGGGAGUAGGAGUCUGACGGUACCACGUCAUUUCUCCUACUCUAGAACACCAACUCCCACUGACUCAUUAGCUGCAGAGAAUAGGCAAACUCAUCAAUAUUCCCGCAGCAUGCCAAACAGUUACUUACAGCCCAUGGACAUUCCCUCACAACUAAUUCCUUCAUCAGAUGAUUACUAUGGAAGAGAAAGAAGAGCUCAUUCCAGUCCUAAUGUGCCAACCAAGUUUUUUUAUGCAGACAACCCAGGGAGAUAUGUUACUACUGCUCCUCCUCAGCCAAGUGCUUACUUUCAUGAUGAACGUUACACACCAGGACAAACAUAUACUCCAAAAGUGCAAUAUGUGCAAGAUCCAAGGACUCGGAUGGUGCAUGCUGUAGCUACAAGACCUUAUUAUCCUGAGAUGGAGUCCUGUCAAUACUCUGUGCAGACAGGAUAUCCCAAACCCUAUAAAGCAAAUGAACCAGGGCCGUACAUCAUACAGACACCUCCAACCAGAAUAUUUUAUGGGGAUGAUCCAAGGUCUUAUCAAAUCCAGACUGCUCCACCAAGGUUUUAUUAUUCCAGUGACAUGUAUGCAAUGCCACCUGAGCACCAUAUCCCAGCAAGAGCAUAUUACACAGAGGGCCGAAGACAUGCUAGAGUUAUUCCGGCUCAAACAGAUGAUUGGUAUGGCUCAGAUGCCUCUGGUUAUUCCACCAAUCCCGCCUCAUAUGUAUCUCAAGUCACUCCGACCAGAAUCCGACAAGAGCCUGUGUUAACCUCUUGGUAUGCCAACCCAUGUGUAGAACCUCCAAGAAUUGGCACAGAUUCAAAAUCUUACUCAAGGUCCUGGGAUAAUAUUCUCAACUAUCAUGUGGAGAAGGAACAACCUUUUCCUGUGCAGCGGGGUCAGAGCUAUGAUGAUCUCCUUGACUCUAGGAAGCCUGCAGAAGCCACAGGUGACAAACCUCAACCAGUGGUAGUCAAUCUCUCCAGUUCACCAAGACGCUAUGCAGCCUUAUCAAUGUCUGAAAACUCACUAGUUGACAAAAGCCCAACAGAGACAUCAAAGAGCACCAGUAAACUCUGGUUUGUCACUCCAGAAAUAACAAUCACUGAUAAUGACAUUCGACCAGGAAACCUUAAUAAGGCUGAAGGACGGUCUGCCAGUUGGGACAUUCUUGACUCCAGAAGCACUAAGGGUCCAGAACUGUCCAAGUGUGACUUUGAAAGCUCAACCAAAGAGAAGACACAUGACAAUGCCUCACUACAGCAAAGCCUAGAACAACUUGAUGAGCUUCUGGCAGAUCUUGUGACUGACUAUAAGCCACCUAGUAGAAGGGCAAGUGAGGACAUUCUGGAUCAACUUAAGAAGUUAAUUGAUGAGGAAGAAGCAGUAUGUCUGUCCAGAAAGAGCUCACGGGCAGGCACAGAGGAACCAGCUCCUCUCGAUAAGCAGCCAACCUCAAUAAGAAUGAAUUCCGAUCCUUUUGGAGAUAUGGAUGGGGCCAGUGAUGCAAUGAAGAGUGUAGAUGAGUGUUCUCCAGAUCAGAGCCCAGAUGAAGAUGAUACAAUGAUGUGCUCUAACAACAAAUGUCGGAGGACAGAGACCCUGUUCAAUGCUUGCUUAUAUUUUAAAUCCUGCCACAGCUGCUACACUUACUACUGCUCCCGUAACUGCCGCAGAGAGGACUGGGACAUUCAUAAAGAAAGCUGCCUGUAUGGAAGAAUUGGCAGUACAUGCCGUCACAUAAUCAAACACUGCCGGGAGACUGUUGAAGUCCACAAGGCAUUCUCCCGUAUUGCCAAAGUUGGCUACCUUUCUCGAGGUAGAGGAGUUCUAUUCCUUGGUUUUCCAAACCCUGCAGCAUCCAGUAAUUUCCUGCAGUAUGGCCUGGAUAGUCUCCUUAUGUCUCCUACAUACCUGUCCCUUCGAGAGCUUGAUAGCUUCAGGGACAACCUAGGGGAGUACUGUAAGGAGCUGCAACAAGCUGGUAAAGAGUAUGACCCAAAUGAAUGCUUCAUCUUGAAUGUAUCAAUUGCUGUUGGUGAUCAAUUGCCUAAUGGGCCAUCACCAAGGAACCAAGCUCCAACUGUCAGAAAAUAUGCAAAGGUUGCCCUGGCUUCCUUCAGCCCUGAGCGGAAGGUUCACAAGAAAGAAAGUGACAUGGAAACUCUGAUCCUCACUCCACCACCAGGAACAGCAGAUAUUGACAAAGAGGGAGAGGAGGGCAGGAAGGCCCGGGAAAUCUGUUUUAUCAAUAUACAACGAGAGUUAAGAAUUCGAGGGGUUUUCCUACGCCACGAAUACCCACAGGUGUACCAGCAGCUCUGUGAGUUUGUGGAAAGCAACAGAAGGUUCACUCCCACAACUAUUUAUCCCAUCGAUAAGAGGACAGGUAAACAGUUUAUGUGCAUGAUUAUGGCUGCCUCUGAGCCAAGGACAUUGGACUGGGUAGGCACCCCGCAUCUCCUUGAUGACAUUAUUUAAGUGCACCUUUUGUUGUAAAUAUAUAUGUAUAGAAAUACAUAUAUAUUGUUACACAUAUUUAUAUAUAAAUCUAGUUAUUAACAUUUGUAGAUACAUAUUUUGUUAUUAAAAUGAUAUAUAUUCAUGUCUGCUUGGACAGUGUUAGUCUUUAUCAGAAUAAUUCCUGUCAGGUGGAGAGUAUAGUACACACAAUUUAUUUGACCUUUUUACAUACUUUUUAUCCACUAGUCAUCUAUCUGUAUCCUGGUCAUGUACUGUUACAACACAUUUAGUUUGGUAAGGAUAACCUAAAAGGACAUUCUGGUGUUACCUCUUUUUGUUACUGUAUGUUGUUUGUAACUUAGUCUCUUUAAAUGACAGUCAAUUUCUGUAAGUGAGUACAACAUGGCUAUUUUUAAUAUACAUUCUUCAAUGGUAUAUCAUUCAGAAAAUAUAUACAUUAUUUUCUUAGCUAUGUAAGUACUUUCUAUGCAAAGUUGCUUCAUGAGUUAGUACCACAGUCCUGUACAAGGAGUUGUUUUAUAUUAUAUUAUAUUAUAUUAAAAUGUUAGAAUGUUGUUUUGGUGGCAACAGAAAUCCUCAAAAGAAAAUGAUGAAAACUGAAAAGAGACUUUAAACAUCAAUAAAACAGACAUUAAGUCGUAUUGUUGCUCGGGUAGGAAUAUUAUUUUCAGAGUUAAGAUUUUCUUCUUUACUGACUCUAAUGGCAUACUGAAGAAAUUAAUUUGAGUACUUCUGUAAUUCUACAGAGCAGAAUGUGGAGCAGUGCUGGGCUUGACAGCUACUUCCAAAAUGGAUUUAAAAAAAAUGGUGCCAGUUACCAGCCACACAGUUGAUGUUGGCCUGUACUGUUCAGUUUUAAACACUGUGAAUAGUUAGAUUUUAUCUACUACAAAAAAAAAAACGUGGUAAAAUACCAAACAAUCGUGCAAUUUCCUUGAAGUUGUAUUUUUCACUAUAUUUGCAAAACAAAAUAUAUAAAUUAGCAGCAGAAGUUAUUGUCCCUAGAACAAUGUGAGCCAGAUUUGGCACAGUAGCUAUAUGAUACAUAAUGCUUGAAAAUGACAUUUGUUGUGUAUUUGUGCACUAGAUUUAUUAUGUGUGAUUUUUCGCCUUUUUUUGGUUUUAGCAAAUCAGAAAACGAUUCGAUUGCUCAGUGGUUGCAGAAGUUUCAGAACCAUUUAUCCGUGCAACUUAGCCAUGCUGCCACAUUCUUUUUUAAGCAUAUCGUACAUUUCUUGAUUUUAUUUUUGUAGUGUCCUACAUCCCAUAUUUCUUGACAACACUGAUCUGAGGAUUUGAAAAUCAACUGUUUAACUGGAACAUGUUGACAGUGUUUGAAAAAAUAUAACAAUUAAAAACUGACCUAAUUUUACAGACGACUCAACAUGCUGUAUGCAGGAGAUGUGAAGAAGCAUUUGUCAAUCAGUCCACAUAAAAAAUUGAAAAAGCUGUUUUCGCAAAGUCAUCAAUCAUUCUUCCCCAUUCAAACUUUCUUUCUUGAUGAAUCCGAUUUCUUAAGAGUUUUCAAGACAAAAUAUAAUGACACUUGAAGCACAGUAUAUAUUUGAAAAUCUGUUGUUUGGCUGACAGGAUGUGCUGUACAGAUUCAGUAAAAAGUUACUGACUGCAUGCGACUAGGUUUUUUAUGCUCUGAUCUCAUUUACAUCAUACUGAUAGUAACUUGCUCGAUGAAUGGAUUUGUGAAAGUGAAAACUACUAUGCUGUGUGAGUAAAAUCAUAUGAAUUUUCCAUUUUUGUCAGUUCUAAGUAAAAGAAACUUGUCAAAGGCAACGAAAAAGAGACCUCACAUGUCAAGAAAAUCCUGUAAUCUUGUAUUUUUUAUACUUUCAACGUAUGUGACUGAGUGUGUCUAUUUAUAAAUUAUAUCUAAUAAAUGGAAUGGGAACUCUG